GGGCGCGCAGCGGCGCCAUGGCGACCCUUUGUGGGCGCUGAGCGGCUCCCGGGCUCCGAGCUGAGCGGCGGCCGGCCUGGCGGCGCAGGGCACAAUGUUUGCACGAGGACUGAAGAGGAAAUGUGUUGACCAGGAGGAAGAUGGGGAGGGUGCCUUGGCUGGCUUUGGCACUGUUCCUGCCUAUAGCCUUCAGCGGCAGUCGCUCCUGGACAUGUCCCUGGUCAAGCUCCAGCUCUGCCACAUGCUGGUAGAGCCCAACCUUUGCCGCUCAGUCCUCAUUGCCAACACAGUCCGGCAGAUCCAGGAGGAGAUGAGCCGGGAUGGUGCAUGGCGAGGGGCAGCACCCCAGAGUGCAGAACGGGUGCCGCUCGACCGCCUUGUGUCCACGGAGAUCCUGUGUCGCACAGCAAGGGGGCCAGAGGCAGGGUGCCCUGCUCCUGACCUGGGAGAUGACCCCUUGCAAGGUCCAGUUUCUGAACUUUCCACAAUCAGCUCAGCACAGGUGCCGAGGAACACUCAGAGUAGCCUUUGGGAUACAGGCAACCCUCGAGAAAACAGAGGAAGCUUUCAGAAGUCUCUAGAUCAGAUAUUUGAGACCCUGGAGAACAAAAGUCCCAGCGCUAUGGAGGAGUUGUUCUCAGAUGUGGACAAUUCCUACUACGACCUGGACACUGUGCUGACAGGAAUGAUGGGUGGCACUAAGCCAGGCCUCUGUGAUGGGCUUGAGGGCUUUGCCUCGGCAGCCUCACCUCCCGGCUCCAGCUGCAAGCCCGACCUGGCCGAACUGGACCAUGUGGUGGAGAUCCUAGUGGAAACCUGAGGCCCCCAGUGGGCCACGGACAAGGCCACAUGCCCCAGAGAGCUUACCUGAUAUACUGUGGCCCAUGUAGAAACGCAGGGCACCAGUCCUGUGCAGAGUUCUCACCACUGCAGCCUGCGUCCUGGCCCUGUGGGGCAGUCUGUUGAUUCUGAGAGUGUCCUGGGGCAGACUCAAUGGCUCUGGCUCCGGCAGCAGAGGCCGGUGCUGGGAGCUGGAGCUCUCUGAAGGCGCCUCAGCCCUGGGCUAGGUGACAUCCCACAGCCCCAGGCCCUCCCUGUGCUGGCUGCACCUCCCGCGGAGAUGUCGAGCAACAGGCUGCAUUCAACCAACCUCAUUAAAAUCUAGAUAGGUGAACUUUUAAAACUCAGUCUUAUACGUUUGGGGCAAUAUUUUGUCUUUUAAGAUAUAUUUUUUAAAUGUUUUAUACUCUUAGAUUUUUGCAGCUAUUUUCUUAAAAGUCUAUUUUUUGUAUAAACAUCAUUUGCUGCUACAUUAGAAACUUGUAUAACCUGAACAAUUGCAGUUGUGUAUUUCAUUGUUUGAAGGUUUAAAUGGUCAUUUCCCACACUCUGAUGCAGCAGCGUAAGUGUUCUGUUUUCUACUUUGGUUGUUCGCAGGACCCUUAUGUCAUGUUCUGUGUUACAACAGAGGAUGCUUAAAAUGAGAACUGCAUGCAGUUAGAACCCUCUUCACUAGACCUGCUCUGAAGCCGUGUCUUUUUAGACUUAGUGAAAAUAAUGGAGGGUUCUAUUUAACCCUAUUUAUAUAUGUAAAUGCCACUGGAGGGGAAGGUUGGGUAUUUGUGUGAAAUCACAGGCACCAUUUGAUCUUAAGAGUCUGGAGUCUCAGCUGUGUCUUCCAUGAGGUGGUCACAGAGGGCGCCUCCCAUCUGUUCCCAGCACGGCCGUAGCAGAGCUGCGUGCCCUUUUUAGAGCAUACACAUGGGCUGCUGUGUGCCAGACAUGUGUGUUUGGAAAGAGCGUAUGCCUGUGUGCUGUUGGUAGAAAUGCUUACACCUGCUCUAUUAAAUUGGUGCUAGAACAGAAUUGUAAGGUUAAAUUUAAAUCUAGAAUGAAAGAACUCUGUAAUUCAUGUCCUCUCAAUCCAAAGGGUCACACAAUGAAGGGAGCUGGUGUGGCCCUGUGCCUGGCUGCCACAUCUCCAGAUCCUUGUUGCCUACCAUGCACAGGUUUCCUCGUGCCUCUUCUGACCUCCCAUCUCUGAGCCUGACAGGCAUGUGGUUUUCCUUUGUGCACAUGACCAUAUUUUUUUGUAUCAACAUGACAGUGAUGGAUGUAAACCUCACUUUAUUAAAAAUAUCCAGCGCACAAAAUGGGAAUGGUGUGAACUUCACCAUGUCAUCCUUGUUUUGUUUUCCUCGUUGGUUUCAGCUGUAAUGUCUAUCUGUCUGUGGAGGUAGGGAAAGAACUUCACUUGAAUGCAUUAAAUAGUCAAUGGAUGGUUUUUCUUUUCCUAAGCUUGGCGGGGCUUCUGCCAGUUUGCGGUCCAGGGAUCAGGCAGCGUCACCGUAGCAGGGCUGGCCGUCUUUGGAUCCACAGAGGGCCGCCUCCUGGUGGUGAGAGUGCUGCUACUCCUGGAAGCAAAAGGGUGCCUGCUGAUAGCUGAAGCAGUGUUUGCUUUUUUUGCAGCAUUUCUAUUGCAAAUCUCAUGUGUUCAGCUUCAGAGGUGACAAGGUAUUGCUGGCAUGGCAGGCUGGCAAAAGGUAAGACGGAGUGAGGGAACCGGCUGUCCUCGCGCACGGAGGCCUGGUGCCCCAGCUCCUACACCAGGCGGCUGCCUCCCCUUGUCUGCCAGGUGGUGAAGAACCUAUGGGACUGGGCAGUGUGGUUGUUGUUGGUGGUGGAGAGCCCCUCAGCCAGUCCCCAUUCCCAGGGCUUAUAGACCUAGGCCUGGGAAGGUACCUGCUUCUGCAGUAGUCCCCGUGGCUCAUCCAUUGUUUUUACAGAAAUUUCUGGCUGUUUCAUCAUGUGUAUGUGUUUUUUGAAGAUGUAGAUAUAAGUAAUUGACUGGAAGCAGUUUUCCAAACAUUUGAUAAUUUUGUUUACAAAAUAUCUAUAUAAUAAAAAAUAUAAAUUCCA